AUGGAUUGGUCGGAUCAUGCUUUGUGGUGGCCGAAGAAAAAUUUUUGGUUAACGAGAACGAGAUCGACACUCGAUCAAUAUGGCGUACAAGCUGAUGCUUUGCUUCAUUUUACGCCUAUGCACAAAUGCCUUAGAGUUCAAUUGCCCGAUUUAAGGUAUUUAGAUUGUAAAGUAGAUUUUUCCAUUAAGACAUUCAAUGCCGUCAUCAAUUUGUGCAAAGAAUUAGGAAUUAGGCAUCCGGAAGAAUUGUCAUUUUGCAAACCAUUAGAAUCGAAUCAUUUGAAACAUAAUUUAAAAGAUUUAAACAACAAAAGGAAAAAUCAUGAAAAUAUACAAAACGGUCAAAUCCCAAGCGAUACGAAUACGUUUAUUGCGACGGAAGCACACAACGGGUCAAAUGGAUCUUUGGAUAAGAAUUCACCAUACAUGUGCGCGCCGAUGACUCCCACGAAAGGAUCCGUCGGAUCGCCGUUAGGGUCUUCUGGCACGUGGAAACGAAAUCAAUCGCCCGCAUUUUCCGACAGCCUCAACGGAACCUUAAUAUUACCUUCUCUGCUGUCUGACACCACCGACGGUUCCAUAGAAUCAUCUCUAGCGAACAGUCCGACGACGCCAAAUCAAGAAGCCAGAUCUAGACUUUUACGGCCGAAGUCACUAGUCGAAAGAGCGAGAAUGAACGUGGCAUGGCUCGAUUCAUCUUUAUCAAUCAUGGAACAAGGUGUGAGAGAGUUCGACACGUUAAAUUUAAGGUUUAAAUUUUAUGCAUUUUACGAUUUGAAUCCGAAAUGCGAUUCAGUAAGAAUAAAUCAAUUGUACGAACAAGCCAAAUGGCAACUUUUAAACGAAGAAAUUGAUUGUACGGAAGAAGAAGUUCUCAUGUUUGCAGCACUUCAGGUGCAAAUUAAUAUUCAAGCCGGUAUUCCACAACCUAAAAUGGAACUCGGGAAUAACAUUGCAGACGACGAUAUAGAUGCCGCUUUAACGGAUUUGCAAGUGUCACUAGAAGGUACGAAUAUAAGUAACGGAUGUAACGAUAUCACACAAGUACCAAAACUCUACGAUUACCUGAGGUUUUUAAAACCGAAAAGAUUCACUCUUAAACAAUUUAAAAAAUAUUGGUUCACGUGUCGGGAUUUAAAAUUAACACUUUACAAAUCGCAAGAGGAUGCGGAUAACGGUGGAGAACCCGUACACGUGAUUAAUUUGAGGGGUUGCGAAGUAACGCCGGAAGUGAACAUAGCACAGGGAAAAUUUGCAAUCAAAUUGGAAGUUGCAAGUCCCGACGGAAUGACGGAAAUGUGGAUCAGGUGCGACAGCGAAGAACAAUAUGCCAAAUGGAUGGCAGCGUGUCGUUUGGGAGCCAAAGGACGAUCACUCGCGGAUAGUUCGUACGAAGCGGAAGUUAAAAAUAUCGAAGCAUUUUUAAAAAUGCAACAUCGCGCUCCGUCUCCCGCCAUUAUUCAAAGGAAAGGUAUUGCGUCGGCAUUAUAUGAUGCUUAUAUUUUAUUUAAAUCCAUUUUGGAUCUCUUUAUUGACACCAAAACAACAUUUUCAUUCCAGCUUAUUCAAAGGAUUUUGGAAGCUCACGCGAACGUGAAAGAUCUUAAUUUAAUGGAUGCCAAAAUGAGUUACAUAAAAGCGUGGCAAUCCCUUCCAGAAUUUGGAAUAUCUUUGUUCGUUAUUAAUUUUAUGGGUCACAAAAAGGAAGAACUUUUAGGUGUCGCUUUCAAUAGGAUAAUGAGAAUGGAUUUGAAUGGAGAUCAUUUGAAAACGUGGAGAUAUAAUUCACUGAUUGCAUGGAACGUGAAUUGGGAAGUUAAACACAUGAUGAUUCAACACGAAGAAGGUAAUAUUAUAUUUAGCUGUCUUUCGGCGGAUUGUAAAGUCAUUCAUGAGUUCAUAGGAGGUUACAUAUUUUUAUCAAUGAGAUCGAAAGAAGCGAAUCAAACGUUGAACGAAGAACUUUUUCACAAAUUGACCGGCGGAUGGGUUUGA